AUGAGGUUCAACAUUCACUUCACUUUCCUUUCUUGGGCCCUCGCCCUGGCCUCGCUGGCGAGUGCAUGUGUCACUCGCGAUGUCAACGCCCAGAAAGCCUUCGCCCACCCGGGUCUCCUUCACACCGCCAAGGACUUUGAACGCAUCAACGGCUUCCUGAAAGCCAACCGCGCGCCAUUAACAACCGGCUGGGACAAGCUCGCCGUCCGCGCCAUCGCCGACUACACCCCUCGACCGGUAGAGACGCUCUGCCGCGGCUCCGGCAGCGACUGCACGGACAACUAUUCCCUACUCUUCCGCGAUGCAGCCGCCGCUUACGCCAAUGCCGUCCACUGGAAGAUCAGCGGCAACGAGACCCACGCGGAGGCUGCUGGUCGUAUCCUUGACGCCUGGAGCAGCACUUUGCUCCGCAUCUGGGGGUCCUCGGACAAGUUCCUCGCGAGUGGCAUCUACGGUUACCAACUUGCCAACGCGGGUGAGCUUCUCCGCGACUGGAGCGGAUGGAAGGGCUUGGAUGCUCUGUCCAGCAUGUUGACCAACGUCUUCUACCCGAUGAACCACGACUUCUUUGUCAGACACAACGGCGCCGCGAUCGAUCACUACUGGGCGAACUGGGACUUGGCCAACAUGUGUACCAUGCAGGCCAUCGGAAUCCUCUCGGACAACGUCACCAUGUACAACGAGGCGGUCGACUACUUCAAGAAUGGGGCUGGCAACGGUCAGAUCGAGAAUGCUAUCUGGAAGAUUCACGAGGAAGCCGGCUCCAAGAAGCCCUUGGGUCAGGGACAGGAGGCCGGCAGAGACCAGGGACACGCUCUGCUCGACUUUGCAUUCCUUGGCGUCUUUGCCCAGCAGUCAUACAACCAGGGAGAUGACUUAUUCGGAUACCUCGACAACAGGAUUCUUGCAGGUGCGGAGUACGUGGCCAAGUACAACCUCGGAUACGAUGUCCCCUUCGCAAAUUUCACAAACAGCCACGGGACGGCUACGGUCAUUAGUGAAGCCGGUCGCGGCGGUCUUCGACCCAUCUGGGAGCUCAUCUAUGCCCAUUACGACUCUAUCAAAGGCUUGAACGCUUCGUGGAGCGGACAGAUGCGCGACCUCGUCAACAAGGACGCUGGUGGUGCUGAGGGUGGCGGUGGUGACUAUGGUCCGAACAGCGGUGGUUAUGAUCAACUUGGAUUCGGAACUCUCCUCUACAGACGCGAGUAG